AUGGCGGCUCCCAGUGAGGGGCAGCUGUUUGCCGCUGGUAUUGAAAAGACUUGGGGUGCAGUUGUUCGUUCCCCUGAAGGGACACCCCAGAAAGUUCGGCAGCUGAUAGAUGAGGGAAUCGUCCCGGAAGAUGGAAGCACAGAAGCUAAGGACACAUCCGCCACAUUGCAGCCAGUCAGUGGAUCGCCUCAGGCAGAGCAGUCCCCACUGGAAUCUACAAGCAAAGAAGCCUUUUUCCACAGAGUGGAGACCUUUUCUUCUUUGAAGUGGGCAGGGAAGCCCCCUGAGCUGUCCCCACUCAUCUGCGCCAGAUAUGGCUGGGUCACAGUGGAAUGCGAUAUGCUCAAGUGCUCCAGCUGCCAGGCCUUCCUCUGUGCCAGCCUACAGCCAGCCUUUGACUUCAGCCGAUACAAGGAACGAUGUGCUGAACUCAGGAAAUCCUUGUGCAGUGCCCAUGAGAAGUUCUGCUUUUGGCCAGAUAGCCCCUGCCCAGAUAGAUUUGGGAUGUUGCCAUUGGGUGAGCCUGCUGUUCUUGCCAAUGAAUUCCUGGACCGGUUCCAAAGCCUUUGCCAUUUAGAGCUCCAGCUUCCUUCCCUGAGGCCAGAGGACUUGAAAACUAUGUGCUUGACAGAAGACAAGAUCAGUGUGCUGCUGCACCUGCUGGAGGAUGAGCUUGAUUACCAAACUGACGACAGGAAAACUCCAAGCAAAUUGGGCUCAGACAUGCAAGUCCAUGUCACUGCCUGUGUUCUUUCUCUGUGUGGCUGGGCGUGUAGUUCUUUGGAACCCACACAGCUCUCCCUGAUAUCAUGUUCCCAGUGUAUGAGGAAGGUCGGUCUCUGGGGCUUCCAGCAGAUUGAAUCAUCCCUGACAGAUCUGGAGGCUUCCUGUGGUUUGACUAGCUCCCCCAUUCCAGGUGUGGAGGGUCGGCCUGAGCACUUCCCUCUGGUGCCUGAGUCUCCUAGGCGGAUGAUGACCCGAAGCCAAGACUCUACCGUUUCUCCCGGCUCCGAGCAGUCUGAAAAGAGUCCAGGUCCCAUUGUCUCCCGAACCCGGAGCUGGGACUCUUCCAGUCCUGUUGACCGGCCUGAGCCAGAGGCAGCCAGCCCCACCACUAGAAGCCGGCCAGUGACCCGAAGCAUGGGAACCGGAGAUUCUGCUGGCUUGGAAGUUCCCUCGAGCCCUCUCCGGAAAGCCAAGCGGGCUCGCCUCUGCUCUUCUGGCAGCUCAGAUACCUCUCCCCGAAGCUUCUUUGAUCCCACUUCUCAGCAUAGAGAUUGGUGCCCUUGGGUGAAUAUCACACUUGCCAAGGAAACCAAAGAGAAUGGGACAGCGGAGGUGGAUGCCAGCACCCCAGCGGAGCCAGGCUGGAAGGCAGUGCUGGCCAUCCUGCUGGCCCACAAGCAUUCUAACCAGCCACCUGAGAUAGACCCCAUGAGUCUCUCUGAAAAAUCAAGGAGAGUGUUCCGGAUAUUCCGGCAGUGGGAGUCUGUAUGCUCUUCAUGAAAAUGUUCCAGACAGAGCUGAUGAAGGUGACUUUAAAAAAAAAAGCCUGACUUCUCUUUUUGGUUAACUGAUGUUGCUUUUCUUCAUUCUGGUUAAUCGCAAGUACAGACUUGCCAUCUACAUGAAGAGGAGACCCAUGCCAUGCGGGAUGAGGACAGGGUAAGAAACAGCGUUCCAAAACCAGCCUCAAGACCGAGGGCGAGAGCUCCGCAUCGGUGGCUCGGCUGCGGGCACAGUGUUCUGAGAGUCUCGCCCGGCAAUGUGGCGACGGUGUGUGUUAAUAAAGCACUGG